GUCCUCCAGUCCUCAUCCCCCCGCCCCAUGGCCACCACCACCACCGCCUCCUCCCCCUCCCCCUACCACUACUUCUACUCCCCCCGCCUCGCCCUCGCAGCCCGCGGCCGCCGCGCUCCCAUGCCAUAGACGCGACCCCACUCAUCGGUCGAGGUCGGUCGCUCCGAGGCGAGCGGCGGCGGGAGAGGCGGUGGGUCAAGCGAGUUUCGGAGGCGCCCGGCGGGCCUCGGAUCGGAGAUGGUGCUGGAUCUCAAUGUCGAGUCGCCGGCGGACUCCGGCACGUCCAGCUCGUCCGUGCUCAACUCCGCGGACGCCGGCGGCGGCGGCGGCUUCAGGUUCGGCCUGCUCGGGAGCCCCGAUGAUGACGACUGCUCCGGCGAGCCGGCGCCGGUCGGGUCCGGGUUCGUGACGAGGCAGCUCUUCCCCGCGUCGCCGCCCGGUCACGCGGGCGCGCCCGGGAUGAUGACGGGGCAGCUGGCACCGGCGCCGCCGAUGGCCCCCGUGUGGCAGCCGCGGCGCGCCGAGGAGCUCGUGAUGGCGCAGCGGGUGGCGCCCGCGAAGAAGACGCGGCGGGGGCCGAGGUCGCGGAGCUCGCAGUACAGGGGCGUCACCUUCUACCGCAGGACCGGCCGGUGGGAGUCGCACAUCUGGGACUGCGGGAAGCAGGUCUACUUAGGUGGUUUCGACACUGCGCACGCGGCCGCAAGGGCCUACGAUCGCGCGGCGAUCAAGUUCCGGGGGCUGGAGGCCGACAUCAACUUCAAUCUGAGCGAUUAUGAGGAGGAUUUGAAGCAGAUGAGGAACUGGACCAAGGAGGAGUUCGUGCACAUCCUCCGCCGCCAGAGCACGGGGUUCGCCAGGGGGAGCUCCAAGUACCGCGGCGUCACGCUCCACAAGUGCGGCCGCUGGGAGGCAAGGAUGGGCCAGCUGCUCGGCAAGAAGUACAUAUAUCUUGGCCUCUUUGACAGCGAAGUUGAAGCUGCAAGGGCGUACGACAGGGCGGCGAUUCGCUUCAAUGGGAGGGAAGCUGUGACUAACUUUGAGAGCAGCUCCUACAAUGGGGAUGCUCCACCCGACGCCGAAAAUGAGGCAAUUGUUGAUGCUGAUGCUCUUGACUUGGAUCUACGGAUGUCGCAACCUACCGCGCACGAUCCCAAGCGGGACAACAUCAUCGCCGGCCUUCAGUUAACUUUUGAUUCCCCUGAAUCGUCAACCACAAUGCUCUCUUCUCAGCCAAUGAGCUCAUCUUCUUCCCAGUGGCCUGUGCAUCAACAUGGCACGGCAGUAGCACCUCAGCAGCACCAGCGUUUGUACCCAUCUGCUUGUCAUGGCUUCUACCCGAACGUACAGGUGCAGGUGCAGGUGCAGGAGAGGCCCAUGGAGCCAAGGCCCCCUGAGCCGCCGUCGUGCUUCCCCAGCUGGGGGUGGCAAGCGCAAGCCAUGCCGCCGGGCUCCUCCCACUCGCCGUUGCUUUACGCUGCAGCAUCAUCAGGAUUCUCUACCGCCGCCGGCGCGCACCCCGCCCCGCCGCCGCCGCCGUCGUACCCGGAUCACCACCGGUUCUACUUCCCCCGCCCGCCGGACAACUAGCUCUCUCUCUCUCUCUCUCUGCUUGCUCGGCCAUGGACGGUGGCCGACGAGCUUGUGUGUGUUGGAGGUGCUCCCGCCUCGUCGGUAACAGUUGUUGUGAAUUAAUCGGAGAGAGACACACGUUGCCAGGCCAUGUGUGAGUGUGACUGGCUGAGGCUGGUUUCUCUCCGCGUCGGCGUCGCCAUGAUCAGGAUCACGGGCAUCAUGGCUGCUCGUUAUUAGAUUCUCAUGUAUCCAUUGCUCACGUUUUCCAAACAGUUGAAAAAACUUGGAAAUUGUUGAUGGCAAGUUCAUGCA